AGGCCCUGGCCCCGGCCGCGGGCGGGGCCUCGCCCGACCCCGCCAGCCCGUCCACGGACGAGCGGUGCGCGAGGAAACUGUACCCGAGCCCGGGGCCCGCCGAGCCCGCUCGCCAGGCAGCGGUCUCGGGUGCGCUCUGCCGCGGCGCCGGCAGGCCAUGUCAGGCCGCGGCCGGGCCCGCGCCCGGGGCUCCCGCGGCGGGGUCGUCGCCGGGCUCCGCCGCUCUGGCGGGCUGCGCGGAGGAGGCGGCGCCGCUCGCCGUGACCCCGGCAGACCUCCGGGCGAGACCCACGCCCUGCAGGCAGCGGCCCCAGCCGCGGCCGCAGCCGCCGACGCCCGAGCGGCCGGCGCCGCCGCCGCAGCAGCCGCAGCCGCAGACCGCGCAGCCGCCGAGGCAGCGGCCGCACGUGCCGCCCCUGCAGGCCCUCCAGCAGCCGCCCCCGCAGCGCUGCCAGCAGCAGCAGUCACAGCGAGGUGACGCCGCCACGCCGGCCUACAUUCGGCUCUACCAAUCCGACGCGGAGCGCAGGA